CACACAAACACAAACACACUCUCGCGCGCGCCAGGAGCUGCGGUUCUCUCUCCCCGGUGGACCCGCUACUCUCGUCAUGCCACCGGCCGCCUGCUCGGUCAUCGUGCCCGCGGUGCUGUGGAUGUGGCUGCUGUGGAGCAGCAGAGUGUCAGCAGCAGCAGCAGCAUCAUCAGCAGCAGAUAAAGAAGUCCCCACAGUCGUCCCCUUUACCCCGUCCCCAGUGGUGACACCAGGGAACACAAAAGAAAGCAGCACCAAAGGCAAAAGUUCCAGUGCUGCGGCCGGAGAUCUGCUGCACUCAGUGCUCACUCAAAAAGGACGACUUGUCUCCCAGAGAGGGGAGCUCCUCCCCUCUGCUCUGCCGCAGAACCUGCUCCCUCUUCUGGGCAGAGGUCUCAGCAUCAGCUCCCUCCCUGGAAGCCAUUCCCUGGAGCAUCAAGGUGGCGGAUUACUGAGAAAGAUAAAAGCCCAAGCAUCAGCUGCCGUGUCAGGCCGAGGCAACGAGCCGACCGCGCCCCCUCCCAAGGACACACACUCGUCUCCACCGCACACACAGACACACAAGACAAAGCAUGAGGCUGAGGUCACCACUGUGUCCGCCAUGCUGGAGGCGGACACUGAUGCUGGACCAUCUUCUUCAGUUGCACAGAGCUGCAUGGUGAAUUUCUCAGACCCAGAGGGAUACAUCGACUCGUUGGAUGACCCGCCUCUGCCCGACGGCAGCGUCUUACACUGCACCUACACGGUGACGGUGUACAACGGCUACGGAGUGGAGCUGCAGGUGAAGAGUGUGAACCUGUCGGAGGGGGAGCAGCUCUCCAUCAGGGGCCUGGAUGAACGAGGGUCUCUGCUGGUGCUGGCCAAUCACACGCUGCUGGUGGAGGGUCAGGUGAUCCGCAGUCCCACCAACACGCUCUCUGUUUACUAUUGCUCUGCGCCAGAGGGAAGCAUGGGCUUCUUCCAGCUGCACUAUCAGAUCUUCAGGCUGAGCUGUUCUCUGCCAAAAAGGCCUCAUUUUGGGGAAGUGUCUGUGCUGGACUUGCUCCCGGGAGGCACCGCCCGCUUUCACUGCCACAUGGGCUAUCACCUGCAGGGGGAGCCGUUGCUCACCUGCCUCAAUGCGUCCCUGCCCAUGUGGAGUGGCAAGGAGCCCAUUUGCAGAGCUCUUUGUGGAGGGACAGUGAAGAAUGCUACCAUGGGGAGAGUGUUGUCCCCGUCUCCCCACCAUGGACCUAAUGCCACCCAGGACUCCUCCUGUUCCUGGUCCCUGGAGGCACCUAAGGGCCAGAGGCUGCACCUGCAUCUGGAGAGACUGGCCUUAGGGCCCACUGACAGGCUGGUGUUGUGGAGCGGCCUGGACGCUGGCUCUGUCGUGCUGUUUGACUCGGGUCGUGGCGGACAGAUUCCCUUUGAGGGAGUGAUCAGCGAGGGUCCGGCUGUGAGGAUCCAGUUCAUCACUGAUCAGCCCAACCACAACACAGGAUUCAACAUCCGUUACGAAGCUUUUGAGCGCGGCCACUGCUACGAGCCGUACAUCCAGAACGGAAACUUCACCACUUCUGACCCGCUGUAUGGGGUCGGAGCCGUGGUUCAGUUCACUUGUGAUCUGGGCCACUCACUGGAACAGGGGCCCCCUGUCAUCGAGUGCAUCAGUGCAAGAGAUCCCUACUGGAAUGACACCGAGCCGCUGUGUAAAGCACAGUGCGGCGGCGACCUGACCGGUCCGGGAGGAGUAAUUCUGUCUCCCAACUGGCCCGAGUGGUACGGCGAGGGGGAGGACUGCAGCUGGAGGAUCCACGUCGAGGAGGACAAACGAGUGCUGCUGGAUGUACAACUACUUAACAUCAGUGACAGUGACAUCUUGACCAUCACCGACGGCGACGAGGUAACAACGCGUAUCCUGGGACGCUACGUUGGAGGAAGCAGCCCCUUCAAGCUCUCCUCCACGACUCCUGACCUGACUAUCACCUUCCACUCUGACCCAGCGGGGCUCGUCUUUGGGAAGGGCGAGGGCUUCAUCAUCAACUACAUGGAGGUGUCCCGAAAUGACUCCUGUCCGGACCUGCCCGAGAUCCAGAACGGCUGGAAGACGACGUCCCACGUCGCACCGGUGCGAGGGGCUCACAUCACCUACCAGUGUGAUCCUGGCUAUGACCUGGUUGGACGGGAGACGCUCAUCUGUCAGUUGGACCUCUCCUGGAGCUCACAGCCACCCUUCUGUGAAAAGAUCAUGUACUGCUCAGACCCUGGCCACGUGGAACACUCCACCAGGUCUCUGUCAGACCCUAAACUCAUGGUGGGAACAACCAUUCAGUACAGCUGCAAUACUGGCUUCAUCCUGCAGGGCGGCGCCACCCUCACCUGCUACGGCCGUGAGCCAGGGACUCCUGUGUGGACGUCUCAACUUCCUCACUGUGUCUCUGAGGAGUCUGUUUCCUGUGAAAACCCUGGUCUCCCUGACGACGGCUACCAGGUCCUGUCCAAGAGGCUUUACCUGCCCGGAGAGUCGCUCACCUUUGUCUGUUACCAAGGUUACGAGCUCAUUGGCGAGGUUUCCAUCAAAUGUAUCCUUGGAAACCCGUCGUUCUGGAGCGGGCCACUUCCACUGUGCAGGGCCACCCGUAACUGCUUUGGCAACCAUGCUUUGGAAGUGUGCUUCAAGCAGACGCCUGACUGCCCACCUCAUUCCCACUGUCUCUGCAUUUGCAGAGGCGACUGCCGGCUCCACUCUGGAUGGAGGGAACAUAGCUCUGGUCGUCUUCGUCCUCAUCCUCUUGCUGUCUGUGUUGCUGGGAGGCGCCUACGUCUACGUCACGCGGUGCAGAUAUCACUCGAACCUCAGGCUCCCGCUCAUCUACCCUCACCCUUACCGACAGAUCACUGUGGAGACAGAGUUUGACAACCCUCUCUAUGAGACAGGAGGGCAGGACACUCGUGAAUAUGAAGUAUCGAUAUGAGAAGUUCCAUGAAAGACGUUUCUGAAACCGAGACCGACCGCCUCGUCCUAACUCUUCAUCCUCUCUCCCUUCCUCCUCCGCCCAGGAGCAGGCGGUGUAAAUACAGUUAGAUGACGUCCAGCCCCUCCUGCUGCGAGAUGCAGAAAUCAAUCCCACUCUUUCCUCCUUUGACACGACAGUGUCUGACAACAUGGUGGGUUUUCUUUGGACGGGAGCUACAACAUUGUCGCCUGGAGACGACGGGACAUGUAGGAUUAACUGAGAAUAAAAGACCUAAAAGAUCAUCAAGGAAUUGAAGGUAAUGAGAAACACAGAGAGUUGAGGGUUAAGGUAUAACAUGGCACAGGUGAGGAGUUACAGAGAGGAGAAAAGGAAGGAGUCGGGGACAAGACACAGUGUUAGGAAUGUGAAAUGAAGACACAGAAGUAGUUUUUUUUAUUCAUAUUUUUGUUUUUCCAAUAUACACAAAGAAUCCUUGACUGGAAUAUGCCUCAGUUUAAGUUUAAGUUAUAAUUCUGAAAGGAAUAAGUGAGGUUGCAUGGAGCACGAAUCUUUUUACAGGAGCUCGCUCUUCCUAGAAACACGAAACACAAUGGAGACACGAGUAAAAACUGAUUUUAGUCACAACAAAAUGCCUGCUUGAGUCUAUGAUAUGUUAAGAAUAUGUUUUCCUAUUUUUUUCUUGCCAAUAGAGAGUGCCUUUGCCAACAGGAAACUGAAGUUUGUGUUGUUGUAAAGAGUCCAUUCACAAAAUCACAUAUUUGACCGUCACAAACUUACCAAACCUCCGUGAGCUAAAAACACUGAUUUUCUCAAUGGACAUUGGUGCAGGAAAGUGAGCGGUUUACAAACGUCAGCUUUCAGUCACAAAAGGCUGUCUGGGGAGAUAUUUUAGACUUGUGGCUAACAUCUGUUCUUCCUCCUGUCCCUGUGUUUUCCUUUGAGAGUAAACGUCUGUGUCUCAGGCUGGUUUUCGCUGCCUUUGCAGCCGAAUCAGUGGUGACUCUGUCAGAACAUCAUACAGUCACACAAUAAACACUCACUUUAAGAGGAAUUUAUUGAAAAGUUUCCCUCUGAGAUGUUAUACAGACAAUAAACCUGGUAAUACCUGGUUUUAUUUAUGUGUAUUAUGUAUAUUAAUGUGGAAUGGUACAUGGUAAUGGUAUAUUUAUAUGAUUAUAUAUAACCAUUAUCAAUGCAGCAGCCUAAAACUAUGAAAAGUCACCACAGAUACCUUAUCACGACAUGAUAUCUAAAAUCUAAGCCCAUAUAUCAAGUCUUGAUAUAGGUAUAAUAUCUAUACAUUGCUCUGCCCUAGAGUCACACCAUUGCUCCGUGGGCCAGACGUAUGAACUGAUGAGUUGGAUUUCUGAACACGGCAACAUAUAAGCUGCCGUGUUUAGGAAAUAAAAGUGAGUGCUUCCUAAUUAGUCCAACACACUGUGUCUUGUCCUUGACCUUUGUCCUGUCUGCAGUCACCUCUAAGCCUUUUUUACUCCAGCUUCUCCACUUCUGGCUUCAGCUGCUGUAAAUUUGGUUUUUAAAUCCAUGACUUGCAGGUUGUGGAGGCUGCAGUGUGAAUAGCGUAGCUGUAGAGUCAACUGACCAACCGUCAAGUGCAAGCUCAAUCCACCCACCAGAUGAUGUAUUUAUUUUGAUGUACUGUAUAUGUGAUGUUUUAUGCAAAUUGAUAAAUGUACAUUUUCAUGAUGAGAAGACAAAUGUGACAGUUUCCCUAAAUAAAUCAUAAAACUUAAAUAAAAAGAACAAAAGAUUAUUUCUAAAUA